GCGGGUCGGAUGGACGGUAGAGAGAAAAAAUGGCGAACGACGAGAGCGGCAGCGUUAGCCUGAGAAACCACCUCGGUUUCGCCGAGCUGUGGAAAACGCCGGCUCGGAGCUGGAUGUUCGUCUUCAUCUGCGUGCUCCUGGUCGAGCCGGGACGAGCCACCACGCACUGGGUCGUUACGGAGGACGGGAAAAUCCAGCAGCAGGUGGAUUCUCCGCUUAACUUGAAACAUCCACAUCAUCUCGUUCUUUUCAUGCAACAAGAGACUCGAGUGAGCUACCUCAAGAAAUUAGAGAAGCAACUAGUUGCUCAGAAAAUUCACAUUGAGGAGAAUGAAGACCGCGACACUGGGUUGGAACAACGUCACUAUAAAGAAGAUGCUGAUUGUGUCACAGCUAAAGUUCCACUGGGGGAUCUAGACCUCUAUGACAGCACCUUUAUAUCCCUGGAGAGCAAAGGCAUAAGUCUUGAAGAUUAUGUGGAUUACAUGUCACCUCUACCUCCAGACCUGGAAAACCCUGACUGUGCAGAAAUUCUUGAGCUCCCUUAUAGCAUUCACGCUUUCCAGCACUUAAGGGGUGUGCAAGAGAGAGUAAACCUCACGUCACCUUUGCUCUCAAAAGAUGACCCUAUCUUUGCUUCAUUGUCCCACAAAUUGGGUCAGCGCAUGGAUGAGGUUGGACAUAGAAUACACCAGGGUCUCUUGAGGAAUUCCUCCUCUUGGGUGCUUUAUAACGUGGCCUCCUUCUACUGGCGUAUGAAGAACGAGCCCAGGAGAGCUGUGGACUGUGUGAUCCGUGCUCUGCACUUCUCGCCCAGGCAGUACAAGGACGUAGCCCUGGUCAAUAUGGCGAAUAUACUGCACCGAGCUCACUUUUCAGCAGAUGCUGCCAUCUUGGCACAUGCUGCCCUGGAUCUUACUGCUGAUCUGUUUACUAGCCACUACACCCUUGGCAAUAUCUAUGCUAUGUUGGGGGAAUAUAAUCACUCAGUGCUGUGCUAUGAGCAGGCUCUGCAGGCCCAGCCAGGCUUUGAACAGGCUCUUAGGAGGAAGCACGCUGUUCUAUGUCAGCAGAAGCUGGAGCAGCGGCUGGAGGCUCAGCAUCGGUCUCUGCAGCGCACUCUAAAUGAACUGAAAGAAUACCAGAAGCAACAUGACCAUUACCUCCGGCAACAAAGCAUGCUGGACAAGCAUAAGUUAAUCCAAGAGGAGCAAAUACUGCGCAACAUCAUCCAUGAGACGCAGAUGGCCAAAGAGGCACAGCUAGGUAACCACCAGAUGUGUCAUCUAGGCCAGCAGCAGUAUAGCCUGUUCUGCCCCUUUGAUUUGCCUGUUCGUUAUCAUCGAGGAGACCUGUUUGAGAAUGUGCAGCACAUACAGUUUGGAGAGGAGGUGUCAGUAGCCAGCAGUGUGGCCCUGGUAUCAGAGCUGAGCGUGAAUGAGAGCCGAAGCCCACAGCCUUACUCUUCGGUCUCUGGAGGAGAGGAACCAGCAGUACACUGGGGCAAGGAGACCUCCACUAAUACUGAGUCUCAUAGCGUGUUGUGGCCGAGAAGAUCAGACUGUGCCCAGCGAUUCCCCUCCAUACCCUCUGCUCACCUGCUGCCCACCUUCUUCCUCCCACCAGAGAGCCAUGGCUUCGAGGCUCAGAGUAGCCUGUAUGCAAACAGGAGCCCCCCAGGGUCACUGGAGCCCCCAGACUGCAGUUCUAAAGCACAGCUUUCGACUGGUGACCCCCUUGCCUCUGUGGCCUGGACUCUGGAGGGGAAACAGUUGCCUGACCAGCAUGCCUCUCAGGUACUGCUGAGGCGUAGUGAUGGGUGGAGUUUGGAACAGACUGGUGCAUUGAUAACACAUGCAAUGGAGAAGAUGAGUGUGCCAUGGUGGCUGCUGAUGAAUGAAGCUGGGCUGUUUUGGAGAGCUCAGGGAAAUGGCACGCGAGCUCUGCAGUGUCUGCGCCAGGCCCUUCAUUCAGCUCCACCUCAGCAUAGAAGCGUACCGCUGGUCAACACAGCCAACCUGCUGUUCCAUUAUGGCCUGCACCAUGAGGCCCAGGGGCUAUUGCAACAAGCCCUGGAGCUCAACGCAUCUGAGCCUCAUACUCUGCUGAGCAUGGCGAGUGUGCAGCUCACUCGGGGGAACCUCACUGGUGCGCUGAUCCUGUUUCGACACACCCUGUCUUUGAGUGCCAGCUGCAGCCAGUGCCAUGCCAGCCUGCCUCUGCUGCGCUGCCUGCAGUUUUACCCCUUUCUCUACAACCUCCAGCACCAGGGCUGCCAGCAUGGCUCUGGCUGUGAGAGAGAUGAGGAUGUGGAGGUGGAGGACUGGGGCACAGAGGGGAGGCAGGACAGAGGGAACAGUAAUGCCAUGCCUGGCUCUGCCCUGGAGGACUCACUCCUGUUUGAGAAAGUAGUGGUGGACAGUAAUGGCUCAGGAGAGGUGGGUCAGCAGGAGAGAGGAGGGGAAGAAAAGAAAGGAAGUCUGGAGGGAGAAGAGGACUGGCAGCUGCAAGAGGACCUGAUGGGGGCAUUUGAGGGGGCUCUUGACAUUAGUGGGAAGCGUGGGGAUCUGCGGGGGAUCCGUGUCCUUAAGAACGAUAAGGUCAUGGGGGCCAGGACUGGUGGACCCUGCUUUGGUAACUGCGAGGAUGACGAUGGCGCUGAAUGGAUCACAUUCCAAGUGAAGCGAAUGAGAAAGCCCAAAUCAGAGGCUUCAGAGGGCUGGGGAGGGGAGGAAGAUUUCCCCCAGAGUGAGCCCUCACCAGGACACUCCAUUCUGGAGAUCAGUGGACCCACCAUUCCUUCUCCUGGACCAUCAGGGAGGUGGAGAGACUACAGCAGUUUAGGCUGGCCAGGACCUGAAGAGUGUCAACGGACACGACGGGUAGACCUCACCACUGUGGCCAGCACUUGGCUAGCUGUGUCUGCCAAGAACAUUGACAUCACAGAGCAUAUAGACUUUGCUACCCCACUCCAGGAGCCCGCUGCAGAACCGGUGUGCAAUGCUAACCUGCCUGCUAGCAUGCAUACGCUAGACCACUUGGGGGGGGUGGCCAACCGUGGGAGCAUCCACUACACAGGAGAGAGCCAGCUCAAAGAGGUGCUUCAAAAUCUGGGAAAGGAUAAGUUCUCACCACAGUCUUUUGAGCAAGUGGGCACCCGCAUUGCCAAGGUCUUGGAAAAGAAUCAGACUUCAUGGGUUCUGUCCAGCAUGGCAGCACUGUACUGGAGAGUGAAGGGUCAAGGCAAGAAGGCCAUUGACUGCCUGCGUCAGGCUCUAAACUAUGCUCCUCACCACAUGAAGGAUGUGCCCCUUAUCAGCCUGGCUAACAUCUUCCAGAAUGCUCGCCUGUGGGAGGAUGCACUGACUGUGGCCCGCAUGGCUGUGGAGAUCGCUCCUCACUUUGUUGUCAAUCAUUUUACACUCGCUAAUGUCUACAUAGCAAUGGAAGAGUUUGAAAAGGCUAUGCGCUGGUACGAGUCCACUCUAAAGCUUCAGCCGGAGUUCGGACCUGCCAAAGACCGUCUUCGCACCAUCCAGUGUUACCUCCUCACCAAGAGGGACAGACGAGCUCCAUAAAGGCAUGGGGGUGGUGACCGACUGCGCGCACACACUGUCUACACACGCACACAUACAUAUGCAUACAGAAUCAUGCAACUUCAUUUUAAAGAACAGUAAAGUCUUCGUCUAUUUCGGUCUUCGUUUUUUCCCAUAUAGAACAUAUCCAUGGCAGAAGGGUUUGGCUUAAACAGAUGUGUUUGAGCUAAUUUGUAUCUUGUUUUAAAGAAAGGGUUAUAGUAAUUAUUUUUAUUGAUUUUACGAUGCCAGGGUUUUAUAUUAAAGCUGCUUUACAAAGACGACAACAAUAAUAACUGACUACAGACUCUAAAUUCUGCAUUUUAAGUUCCUUUUUCUUCUCUUUGUCAGUACAACACAGUUAAUCAUGAUCCAAUUCCUGCAUCAAGGUCCUCAAGUCAGAAUUGAAAAGUUUGAGGGAAAGACGUCUGCCUGGUUUACGUUAAAAAUGUUAUGUGAAUGCAGUAAUGUGCCGAAGUCAUUUAAUUUCCAUUUAUUUGAUUUCCAGACAGCAACAGCCAUUAAGUACAAGUUAUUCAUUUUCCACAUAUUUCUGUGAAGAUUAGCUGUAAGAUAAUCCACCUGCCUAAGGAUGGAAAACAAGUAAAACAGGAGUUUUCAAAACUGGAGUUCAAAGAAAUCAUUCAACGAUAAUACAACUCAAAGCUAAGGGUCUGAAAGGAUGUGUAGUUGUUGAGAAGCUGUUACUGAGAAGAGGAAAUAGACAAAAAAGAAAAACAUUUGCUAAAAGAAUGGAACCUGUAAUAAAGACAAAACGUGGACACAAACACAACUGAAUUGAUGUAUUUAGGUGUUCUCUGGAAUUUUCUGUUAAAUACAUGUUUGACACUGAAAAAUGAAUAAUUUGUGCUUAAUUGGCAUUUUUAGUGGAAAUAAAAGGGUGGUCUGUGACACUUGCAAAGUACUGUACAUCAGCAGGAAAGAGGUCAGUUUUUGAAGUGUAACCCACAAGCAUUCACGUAUGCUCUUAUAUUACUGGUGGAAACAACAGAUUUUGGCCAGUGUUCGUAGAUACAUCACUGCAGUAUGCUUAAUUAUAUAACACGAGCAUAAUAUGCCCCCGCAGAGUAAAAUAAUAUGGACUACGUGACUUUGCAGUCAGUUUAGCCUUUUUGUUUUGUUACCAGUUCUAGCUCAGAUUCUAGCUGAUGUGCAAAGGUGUUUUAUGACAUGUGGGUAAUUGGAUACUCCGCACUACAAAAAGGGAGAAAGGCAGUGAAGGUAAAUAAAGAAUGUUUUCUUAAUACCAACAGUUUAGAUAGCAUGGAUGGGUUAAGGGAGUUACUGGGUGCUACAAAAGUAGCCCUGUGGAAAAAUGCAAUGCUCAAUACUACUGAUUUUUUUAUGCCAAUAUGAGCUGACCUCUACCACUCUUAACUGUACUUGCAUUAAAAGUGGCAAGUUUACUUGCUUAUAUGAGGUUUCAGUUGUUAUACUCAUGAAAAUAAGUUGUUUCUGUACCUCACUUUGGACCAUAUCAAUCUAAAUGGGACCUUACAAGUACACAAAGUGCAUCAGAACUGCAUAUUGGUAGGUUGUAUUGAAUGUCAGAUGGUGGAAAGACAUGAAGGCAUGAUGCAUUUCCCUUUUGUGUUGCCUCAACAACUGAAAUAUCUUAUUUAAAGAAAAAUUGUCUAAAGAAAAAUUAGAGAUCAGACAACGGUAAACUGCCAUGCACUGCCAUCUGGGUGUAUUCAUCAUAUUUGUUCUGUAUUUGGAAGUUCUUUUUAUUAUAGUAUUUCUGGGUGAAUGUGGUUGCAGGUGGCUACAGUUAUGGGCAUGAGGCUUCAGUGUAAUGGAUAUAAUUGUUCUGUAUUUAUUUAUUUUAUUUUAUUUUUUAAACCAAAUUCAUUUUUUAAAACUUUUGCUGUAACACUACGCUACACACAUUCAUGUCAAUGUUUGUAAAAUGUAAUACAACUCUGAACUCUUUCUUUUCAUCAAAACAGUAAAAAGGUACCCGUCUUAUUUUAUUUAAUGAAUAAAUAUCACUGAUAUAAAGAGAGUAAUAAUAAUGUUCUAUACAGCGUAAGCGGUUUUAAAGUGACUGGAACCUGGAACAGUGUUAUUUUAACUCUGAGACAGACUGGGUGUGUCUUUUUCUAUUGAAUCAUGUGAUUUAAGAUGGGAGAUCAUUCUCUUGAGUGGGUACAUUUCGGAAAUGAAUAAAAAUACUUUUGAAAACAA